AUGCAUCGCUAUUCCUUCCCACAUACUCCGGUCGCUCAUCCCGAGGCGAUCAUCGGUGCUGGCAAGUACCGAUUUACUAUUUUGACUGACGGCCUUCUUCGUUAUGAAUGGGCUGAAGAUUACCAGUUCGAGGAUCGGGCCUCAGUUCUUGCUAUCAACCGCCGGCUUCCCGUGCCCGAAUUUCGCGUCAAAGAAAACCAACAAAACCUUCAGAUUCUCACUUCUCGAUUCCACCUUACUUACGACAAGCAAGAAUUUUCCCCAAAUGGCCUCAGUGCUGUCAUUAAGGGAAACUAUGGGCCCCAUGGUAGCGUCUGGCGCUAUGGAACUUCGGCUUCAAAUCUCGGCGGUACCACCCGUACCCUGGACGAGGCCGAUGGCCGAGUUGCCCUAGAUCAUGGCGUUAUUUCUAGACAGGGUUUUGCGACUUUGGAUGACUCGAAUUCAAUGCUCUUUGAUGAUCGACAGUGGGUGACUACAAGGUUACCUGGAAAUCGUGUGGAUGGCUAUCUUUUCGCUUACGGUCACGACUACCGACAAGCCGUCCAGGCGUUCUAUCUUCUAUCGGGGCCCCAACCACUCCUUCCACGAUGGGCCCUAGGGAACUGGUGGAGUCGAUAUUAUCCAUACACUGCAGAUGAAUAUCUAUCACUGAUGGAUCGAUUUCACAAAAGUGAGAUCCCACUCUCAGUCGCCGUAUUGGACAUGGAUUGGCAUAUUGUGCAGGACGAGCGUGUCAAGAAAGCCGGAGUGACAGGAUGGACCGGUUACACCUGGAACAAAGAGCUCUUCCCUAAUCCCAAAUCAUUUCUUGCGGAACUCCACGAUCGGGGCCUACAUGUUUCUCUGAAUGACCAUCCUGCGGACGGUGUGCAGAGCUAUGAAGAUCCUUACGAGGACAUGGCCAUUGCUCUCAACCACGAUGUCUCCAUGGGUGACCCUAUCUCUUUCGAUAUCACAAAUCAAGCCUUUUUGGAUGCUUUCUUUGAUGUGCUCCACCGGCGGUUUGAGAGGGAAGGAUUGGAUUUAUGGUGGGUGGAUUGGCAGCAAGGGACACAUUCCCGUAUCCCCGGCAUCGAUCCACUUUGGGUGCUCAAUCAUUACCACUUCCUAGAUAGCGCUCUCAACGACAAGAGGCCCCUCACGUUUUCGCGGUAUGCGGGCCCAGGCAGUCACCGGUAUCCUAUUGGGUUCUCUGGUGAUACCGUGGUAUCAUGGGACUCUCUCAACUUCCAGCCGGAGUUUACAGCAACAGCGUCAAACAUUGGGUUUGGGUGGUGGAGUCAUGAUAUUGGUGGCCAUUUUCACGGUGAAAAGAACGAUGAAAUGCUCAUUCGAUGGGUGCAAUACGGCGCAUUCUCCCCUAUCUUGCGACUCCACUCAUCGAACAAUAUUUUUAGUAUCAAAGAACCCUGGAAUCUGGACUCGCAAUACGGGCAGAUCAUGACAGAGUAUCUGCAGCUCCGUCAUAGACUGCUUCCAUAUCUAUACACGAUGAAUGUACGCGCUGCUGUUCAGGGGCUACCUCUUGUCCAGCCCAUGUAUUGGGGUUACCCGGAAAGCGAGGAGUCUUACAACGUACCAAAUCAGUAUCUCUUCGGCACAGAUCUCAUUGUGGUGCCAAUUACUACUCCUCAAGAUCCUAGAUCUCGAAGAUCUCAGGUCCUCGCCUGGCUUCCCCCUGGAAGGCAUGUGGAUAUUUUUACAGGUGUGGUCUACGAUGGAGACCGUCGUAUUUGGCUGAAUCGACGCCUGAAGGAUUACCCAGUAUUCGCUCCGGAAGGAGCGAUCAUUCCGCUCGACGGGGCAUCAAUUCUUACCAAUGGCUGUGCAAAUUCUCCCACAAUCGAACUCCUGGUUGUUGUCGGGGCAGAUGGCGUUUUCGAACUUGUGGAAGAUGACGGAAAGGGACAAUACACGGAUCAUAUCGAUUUCCGCCGAACGCGCAUCUCUUUCAAUCAACAGGCCGGUGAAUUGCACAUCUGGCCUACAAGUGGUGGUAACAUUCCUGCACAAAUCCGACAGUGGAGUGUUCGCUUCCUCGGAUACGCAUCAUCGAAGGCGCUACAAGUUUGUUCUGGGGAUAAAACGCGAGAAGUCAAUGGCCAGUAUAUGGUCAACGGCCUUCUUGUGGACUUGGGAUCUCACCCUGAAAGUGCGCACAUUGUGGUGAAGUUGGAAAGCCAUCCUUCUUUGAUGAUGAACCGCCCUGGGCCUCAAAUUAUCGAAUUCUUGCGUGGCGCUCAAAUCGAACUAGAUCUGAAGGAUUGCAUUCGGAGGAUUGUGGAACGUUCAGUGUCUAGGUUGUUGCAGAUUGGAGACCUUCAUGCUCUUGGCCUGGACAGCGUGCUGUUGAAUCCAAUUCUUGAAUUUCUCUUAGCUGACUCCCGGCUUAUAGUGACCGAAGACAACCAAGAGACUGGUUUCUUGGUAGUUGAUAUGUAA